AUGUCCGACUUUGCUCCCCCGACAGGGCCUCCGCCGCCCAGGGCUCCUGAAGUCCCUUCCGGCUGGACCGCCCGGUGGAACGACCAGUAUAAAGAAUGGUUCUACGUAAACAUCUACACCAAGAAAUCCCAGUGGGACAAGCCUACGCACCCCGUCUAUCCCGAGGGUGAAGCUCCGCCUUCAGAUCCGCCUCCAGGCUACGAGGGCCACGGCCGCAACUCCCCCUAUCCCAACGAUUCCAAGACGAACCCCUACAGCAACUCAGGCAACAACGCGGGCUCUUCAUCCCGAAGCCAGCAAGAAGACGAGGAUGCUCGCAUGGCGGCCAGGUUGCAGGCCGAGGAAAAUGCGCGAAGCCGUGGUGGUAGCUACAGCGGGGGUGCUGCCGACUCAUACCGCCAGGGACAGAGCACCAGCCCAUACCCUCCACCUGGAAGCAGCCCCUACUCUCCUCCCCAGCAGCAGCAGCAGCAGCAGGGUCAGAGCGGCGAGCGAGGCCUGCUGAGCAGCCUCGCCGGUGGCUUCCUCGGCUCCAAGCUGGCAAACAAGAAUAGCAGCAGCUCGCACAACGCCUCUCCCAGCGGCUUCCCCGGCGCUCCUGGUGCAGGCCCCUAUGGAGGCUACGGACCGCCACCACCGCAAGGCUACGGACCUCCCCCGCCACAGGGAUAUGGCCCUCCUCCCCCCGGAUACGGACCCGGCGCGUACGGCGGCGGCUACGGCCCUCCUCCUCAGCAAUACCAGCAAUACGCUCCGUCUCCUCAGCCGGUGUAUGUGCAGCAGCAAGCACCGCCUAAAAAGAGCGGCGGCCUUGGAACUCUUGGAGGAGCUGCUCUUGGUCUCGGUGGUGGUUUGGUUGGCGGUCUGUUGAUUGAGGAUGCCAUUGAUCACUUUGAGGACCGAGGAUAUGAGCAGGGUUACGAUCAAGGAUAUGAUAACGGAUUUGAUAACGGAUACGACGAUGGUGGUGGUGAUUUCUAA